AUGAAUACUGUUCAAUUGCUGGAUUUACCUGAUGAAUUAAUAUUAGCUAUUAUGAAGAAGGUUAAUCCUCAAGUCUUAUUGCUUUGUUCUAUGAUCGAUAUUGGUAAUAAUCGUUUGGAACAACUUGCAUUCGAUAGAUGUCAUUCAAUCGAUUUAACUUUUGAUUACCUUCGUGCGCCACAUGAAUUAUUUAUGAAACGAUUUUAUUCUCAUGUUAUGCCUCGUAUCAGCCAUGAUGUUCAAUCACUAACAAUCAAUCUUCAUCAUAUUGCGUCUAUUAAAACUUUUCUUGAAAAUAAUUUCAAUGAAAUUCUUCCAAAUCUGACACAUUUGAAAAUUAUGCUGGGUGCUAAACAUUCUAAAACAGGCAUACCUUAUACAAUAAGUAAAUAA